AUGCAGCCAACAACAAAGGAUGUCCCGCCCACCUUCGGAGCGCAGGUGCCCCAGGCUAAGGACGAGGAACGCAAGAAGGCGCGAUCCAAAACAUCCAAGCCCGGUUCCCCCGAGCGCCGUGGCCUGAAGAGGCGAGUCCCCAAGGAGCGAGACGACUUCGACAUGCGUCCACCGGAUAGUAGUCGAAGCCCUCGAGCGGGACGGCGAGCUCCCCGGCAAGGACGGUCGCAAGGAGUCAGAGUUGUCACCGCGCGCUUACCGUUCAAUCGCAAGAGCAGGGGCUUUUACCAGGCGAAACCAGCGGACGGUGCCCUGUCACCGACGGGACCGCACUAUCGCGGUCCAUCCGGUGCUUCCGGCAACGAUCCGACCGCCGCUAUGGGGAGCCUACCUAUGUCACAAAUGUCGCAGGAAGGGCUCCUCGACGGUGCACAAAGCCCAGCGUCGUUCCCAUCACGCCCCAUCAGCUCCACAUCGCAAGUGUGUAACCCUAGUUCAGCCGAUGCGCUUGCGAGCUCCGCAGCCUUCCUCGGACAGCCGCCCUUCAGACCGCCCCCGUUGCCCCAAGAUACGUUCUCCGAGGUGACGCCGAAGCCGCGCCGGAGUUUUGGACCUCUGUGCCUCACACUGUGUCUAUUGACGACGGUUGUGCUUGCGACGCUGGCGACAGUGGCGAUCGUGAAGGCUGCCUGGCAUACGCCAGCGCCAUUAUCGAGCGCGUGCGAGACGCAUGCCUGCCUCGCCUACUCGAGGCGGCUCCGCUCCUCCAUCAACGAAUCGGCGAACCCGUGCAAGAGCUUCACGCGCUUCGUUUGCGACGGCUGGCGGCGUGAGCACAGCGACACCGUGUGGGAGGAACAGUUCCGUUACGUGCUCGACAAGCUUACCACCUCGCUGAAGGAUAUCACCGUUCCGCCGUCCGGACAAAACGAGGAGCAACGGGCCGCCGCCGUGUACCGCAGCUGCGUGUCGCUGUUCCAUGGCGGCAGGGACGAUCUGCCGGCCGUCCGGAAGGCGCUCGAUGACGCCGGCAUCGUAUGGCCGCAUCCGUCCACGGACGCCGACGUCCUCUACACGCUCAUGUACUGCUCCCUCAAACUGGGCUGGGACGUGCUGCUCAAUUUUGACAUCGUGGCAAACAGCAGCCGCAGCCGCAGUGCGGUUGAGCUGAACGCACGUCCGGGCAGGCUGUUUUCAUUCCUGUACGAGAAACACCUGCGCCUGUACGUGAAUGAUGAGGGCGAGGCGAACUUCGAAUUUCUCAAGGAGCGCUUUCAGCGGAACAACACGGUCACCUUAAUGUACAGUCAGACGGAAGGUUUCGAGGACCUUGUGCUGAAAAAGCUUUUCUACGCCGGGGCGAUGCGCAAAGCCAGCGUCAAAAGUUUAAUGCCGGAUGCGUCGGACAUAGGCCUGACCGAAGCUAAGUGGACGGCAACCCUCCGGAAGCUUAACAUGAGUCUGGCCGCAGGUCCCUUGCUGACGACGACGCACGUCGCUUAUGUGAACGCAUUGCUGGAUUUCUGGAGAUCAAAUGGCUCCGACUCGUUCCACACGCUAGUCUCUUGGUCCACGGUUCAAGUGGCAGCACUUUUCGCCAACAGAGAGCUCAUUUACAAUUAUUACGAUGCUGACUACAAAAUGGCUCAGGUGCACUAUGGCAUCUUCUGUGCCACCAGAGCCAUGUUCUUUUCCAGGCAGGCACUGUUUGGUAGAUACAACGCCGAUGUUUUCCAGGGCAAGGCAGGGCCUGUUGCAAGAGAACUGGCGCUGUCGGUACGGCUUGCCUUCUGGCGCCGUCUUUCCAACUGGACCUACUUCGACGAGAACGUAACCGUGGUAGCCGACUGGAGCUCUCUUACGACAGCGUUCCACAACUUCGAGAAGCACAGCGAAGAGAACGAAACCGUUGUCCGAGGCCAGCUACCAGACAUGACGGAUUCGUUGGUGAGCAACUGGCAACAUUCGGCAAUAGUCAGAAAUACGCCUGAAGUGGAACAGAUGCUGCUCUCCAUGAUUCGCCUACGUUACUACGUACACUCCUACGGGAAGAGGGACUUCCAGCUAAUGCCGUAUGCCCUGUCCUUUCCUCUGUUCGAUUCAACGCUGCCAUCUUCUGUGAACUACGGUGGCUUCGGAUUCGGCGUCACCGUAGCGCUGGGCGACUUGCUUCUAAACGUCUACGACGCCCGAAAAGUCCCACAAAUUCUCUCCUUAUACGAUUGCCUGCAAGCAAGCCAGUUCGGCGAAGGCGCUAUUGCCAGAUAUUAUGCAGCGCAGACAAUUGGCCUCAACGCUCUUGUCGAUGCUUACGAAAGUAGUGGCCGUGCCCUGGACAACGCUGUGAAAGGGCUCGAGAAGUAUCAGGGACUGCCGCUGGUGUUCAUCGCUAUGUGUUACAUUCUGUGCGAUGGCGACAUCACUGUGGGAAACAGCGAGGCUGCGUGCAAUCUACCGCUGCAGCAGUUGCCCCGGUUCGCUGAAGCCUUUGACUGCGCUCCAGGAGAGCCUAUGAACCCUGCGAACCGAUGCGAGCUGUUCUGA